AUGUCUGAACACCGUGAGAUAAACAGCCACCUCUUGGCUUCGACUGCACAUCAUCAAUCACCACAGCCAAAAGGUGUCUCCGUCAACACAGUUGCAACCCGAAAAGACAGGCGUCGAAAGCGAUCUUCAACAUCAUCGAAUGGUACUGCAACAUCGACUAAGCCUACACCUGCUCGACGCCGUUCCGGUGAUUUCAAAAUGCUCACUACCGAAUCCGACGCCGACUGUUCCCGUACCGCACCACGGUUAACUCCAAGCCCGACCAACAUGGCAUCAGUCAACUACACCAAGACAGGGCGCGUCAGUAAGGCGAAGAAAGGUCUCAAAGUGCAUGAAUGUGACUGUGGACGGUCCUACACUCGCGCAGAACAUUUGAGGCGUCACCAGCGAAACCAUACUCAGGAGGACGGUGUGCUCUGCAAAUACCCGAACUGCGGCAGAACAUUUGUCCGCCCUGACCUUCUACAACGGCACGAAGAAAGACACAACGAGCUCGGUGGCAAUGCGUCUCGGCAGCCGUCCGUUUCAAGCAGCGAGCACUCUGCGCACUCUGCGCACCCUUCACCCAUGCACAUACCCACUUCGUUAACGAUGAUGCCUGUCCACACAUUGCCUGCUGUAUCAUACCAUCAAAGGCAGGCUGUGUCUCCUCAGCCGGGACCCUCAAUACUCUCAAGGUACAACCCAACCCAGUUUCGUACUCCUCGACUUCCUCGUACUUCGAAAGUUGCACCUGCCAAAACUAGCCAUUAUUCCCUUCAGUCCAAUCCUGCUUUUAAGACUCCUCCGAACAGCAACAAAUACACUCAGAAUCCAGCAUUCCUAACCCGAAAUUCCGUUUCAAGCCCGGUACUCAUCGACGUAAUGGCUACCAACGGAGCAUUGGCACCCGAAUCUUGGGCACCGUCGCCUUACUCUUGUUCAAGUGGCUGUGCGUCCCCGACUCCAUACCCUGAGUAUGGCAACAUGUAUGCAACGCCGUUGUACAGUGCUGGCAUUGUUCGAACUCGCGCAUCCUCAAACGUGUCCUUGAACGAGGGAAACUGGCUGCAGGCCUCACAUUCGCCAACAUCAUCCAUCUCGUUGUCUUACUCAUGGGCGACUGACGAGAAGAGCAUCAUAGCAUCGACUUUUCCCUACACACCUGUCUCGUACUCUACUACCGAUAUAUCAAUGUAUGAGGGCAUUGGUGCGGUGGCCCAUUACGGACAAUACGAUCCAAGCGAUUUAGUCCAAUUGGACCACGAGGAAGCUGCACAGCUCUUCCCCACUGUACAUUACGGUAUGAGCCAAACCGCGCGUGUUUAUCCCUUCGAGCAAUGGCUGAAUAGUUACUGGAGGCUCUUUCAUCCCACUUUCCCCAUCGUCCAUCGGUUCACCUUCGCCGGUGUAAGAGCCUCGCCGAUGCUCUGCGCCGCGAUGUCCGCCAUUGGUGCUCAUUACAGCAAUGAUAGUUACAACGCAAGGGAACUUCACGAUCGCUGCGUGAAGGUGCUUGACAAGAGACAAGAUAUGAACAUAGUUGGUUGCGACCGACUUUCCGACCUCCAAGCCAUCUUCCUUGUCGAGGUGUUCUCUCUCAACUUCGCUCGUCGCUGUGCGAGAUCUUUGUCUAUGCGUUUCAUUGCUAUGUACGAUCAGCUGAUCGGACCCUGUGACAUAGAUCAGUCUGAGAUCACCAGCACUCUACUGCAUGAUUCGAUAGACGAAGAGAGCGUCAAGAAUCGGUGGUUGCAAUGGGUCCUGCUCUCAGCGAGGCAUCGCUUACUCGUCUCUUGCUAUCUAUUGGAAUCACGGCACCUUCCAACGCUUGCUGCUGAUCAAGAGCCACACUUGCUCCAGGUCGUGGCGGACAGUCUUCCCUUCCCUUCACACGAAGCUCUCUGGGAAGCACCAGAUGCUCGUCAGUGGUGGACCAGCGCACAGGAAUAUUCGAUGAUGCCGAAAUGCAUCGCCGAGGCUGCUGUUGGCCGAAUCGCUGGAUGCUACGAUGACUUCCAGUCGUCCGUCCUCAUCGCAGUUAUCUAUUACCCUUCCAGCAAUGCGACUUUGCCUCUGCAUGCUGCAGUGGAGCACCUACUGAGCGACAACACAGUCACACAGCAACAAUUUGCUGUUGCAAAGCUCGUCCAGCUAGCACCUAUCCGUGCUCUGCUGGCUGUGUCAGGCGAGUCGUGGAUACUCGGCACCAAAGUAACGUCGCAGGAAACAUUUGCCGCAUACAAGAACACAGUGCGAUCAUGGGUGGCGCAGCUAUGGUCCACCACAGGCGGUGACUACCCGUGUUCGGCCGUCGAGGCUCUGCGAAUAUGCGUCGAAAUCCUGACGCGUUCUCUCCACACGCAAGAGCCAUGCAGACUGGACCUGGGUAACGAGCUAGGCUUGUUCUACGCAGCCCUUGUCGUGUGGGCUGCAACUGCUACCGCGAUUAACGGAGCGUUCCUCGUAGACAUUUCGCCGCAGCAGGCACGGCCGUCACCAGCAUCGGAGGCUAUUGGUGCACCAGCGAUGUCGCCUGCCCAGAUCCAGAGCCGGCCUACUUUCCUCGCAUCGACUAGCCAACUCACAGCAGCACGACAAGUUGCACCGCCUGGUCUUUCAGACCGAAGGUGUUCGAUACCGCAUGCGGACAUCGUAGCCAACACUGUGCACUUCCUCUCGACAGCAAUCGAGAACAUCACCUCGUUCGACGUCGCGGCCUGCCAGAUUGGCUGCACGAGUCUCCUCCUCUGGAUGGAGAUGCAGUUGCGCUGCAGCCACUCGAACGAACACGCCGCUACUCAAUCUAGCCAAGACGCCUCUGAGCAUGCCCACGGGGACCUCGUUAACGAGAAUGGAGUAUUUGAUUCGAGGGCGCAUACUUUACCUCGUCAAGACGCGUGUUAUCGACGGCGAGGCCUCUCUUCGCAUUACCGCUUUGUUAUUCGUUUCUUGUUGGAUAUUCCGCGUUCAUAUUUCUUGAUCGUCGCGCAGCGUUCAGCAUCGCACGUCUCGGCAUCUCGCUUCUACAUACCCCUUCAUGUCUUCCGCUCCACAUCACGAUACCCUUUCAUACCUUCGUUUCCAGCGAUAUACCCCUUCCUUUCGGUCCUCGCACACGAGAUCCCUGCUUUUGCGUUCCAGGCGCGGUGUGGUUGCAUUCGACUCCAUCUGUUCAUUUCACUGAGGGAUUUUCUUCAUCAGCGUGUAUUCUUAGUAGCAUUAUGCAUUCAAAAAUAG